AUGAGACUCGGAUUUUUGGCAGUUUUGUCGCUGCUAUUGGUCGCAAUUCAUCUACCCAGUGCAAACACCUCCCCCUUGGAGUUCUCUGAGCGGGACCCGAAUGUCGUCAUCGGGUCGCAUGGUGGAAUUGGCGCUGGAAAGCUGGGCGCUGUUGCUAGCGAAAGUUCAAUUUGCUCCGGCCAUGGAUCUGAUAUACUGAAGAUGGGCGGAAACGCUGCUGACGCCUUGGUCGCAACCGAAUUUUGUAUUGGUGUCAUAGGGAUGUACCACAGUGGAAUUGGCGGAGGUGGCUUCAUGCUCGUGAGAUCAGCAAAGGGUGAUUACGAGUUUAUCGAUUUCCGAGAGACGGCUCCAGCUGCGGCAUUCGAGGAUAUGUAUAAAAAUAACGAGGAUGCUUCUAUCUACGGUGGACUGGCAAGUGGAGUACCGGGUGAAGUACGAGGCCUCGAGCACCUCCACAAAAAGUAUGGCUCUCUUCCAUGGUCAACUGUUGUGCAGCCAGCUAUUAGCACAGCCCGUGACGGGUUCCCUGUCACAGAAGAUCUUGUCAGAUACAUGGCAUCUGCCGUUGGCAGUGGAGAGGACUUUCUGUCUAAGAACCCCACGUGGGCAAUUGACUUUGCUCCGAAUGGAACUAGGCUUGGGCUGGGUGAUACCAUUACUCGACGCCGGUAUGCGGAUACCCUUGAGGCUAUUGCACAACGUGGUGCGGAUGCAUUCUACUCGGGCCCCAUCGCGGAGACUAUGAUCAAUGCGGUGCAGAGAGAAAAUGGCACAAUGACCCUCGAAGAUCUUAAAAAUUACACUGUGGCUAUUCGGGACAUCUCUCAGAUUGAUUACCGUGGCUACAAGAUCACGAGUACCUCGGCCCCCUCGAGUGGUAGUAUCGCCUUGAGUAUCUUGAAGAUUCUCGGGACAUACAAAGAUUUCUUCUCGACUGAAAAGUCUGUGAAUUUGAGUACCCAUCGAUUGGACGAGGCGAUGCGAUUUGGGUAUGGCGAGAGAUCUAAUUUUGGCGAUCCUCUAUUCGUUGACGGGAUGGCCAAGUAUGAGAAGGAGAUUUUGGAGCAGUCUACGAUCGAUGACAUUCGAUCCAAGAUCUCGGAUGUGCGAACUCAGAACGUAUCUGCUUAUGAUCCGGCCGGACUGGAAAGCCUGGACACCCCUGGAACUUCCCAUAUUGCGGUAGCCGACCACACUGGCCUUGCAAUCUCGGUAAUCACCACAAUCAACCUGCUCUUCGGUAGCCAAGUCAUGGUCCCAGAAACCGGUAUCAUCAUGAACAACGAAAUGAACGAUUUCUCCAUCCCUGGAUCUUCAAACUCAUUUGGAUACAUCCCCUCUCCAUCCAACUACAUCCGCCCUGGGAAACGCCCUCUUUCCUCCAUCACGCCUGCGAUAGUUGAGCGACCUAAUGGCAAGCUAUUUUUGAUUGCGGGAUCCGCAGGAGGCAGCCGUAUCAUCACUGCCACCGUCCAGAGUAUCAUUCACUCCAUUGAUCAGGGACUCUCCGCCGCCAAAGCGUUAGCCAAGCCUCGUCUGCAUGAUCAGCUGGUGCCAAACCAGGUCAGCUUCGAAUACACUUAUGACAACGCAACCGUUGCCUCGAUGAAGGCACGUGGCCAUAAUGUUACUUGGGUUGCUCCAGGACAGAGUUCUGCCCAGCUGAUUCGGGUCUUGCCCAACGGAACAUUCGAUGCUGCUGGUGAGCCGAGACAACUCAACUCGGCUGGGAAUACAAUGGCUCGACUAAGCAACAUCUCUGUUGUUGUUCCCCUCCCUUCCUUCGAUAUCGACCCCCUCAAGACCUUCGACGAAGACUUCUUUGACCGCGCCGUUGACAACAUCUUGUCUGAGGAAGCAAGCAUCGAAGAAUCCCGGGACGAGAUGGUGGAUAACAGUAUUGGCAUAUCGAGUCCAUUUGCAUAUGAUGGGGGAUCUGACUCCUCGAAGCUCAACGUUCGUCGUAGCCAAAGGACUGGAGCCAACUCGCCGCAUUUUUCUACGCCCUCAACCUCCUCACCUACAACCACCUCAGCAACGAAACCGAAGUUGAGAACAUCUUCUCGAAUAAGGAAGAGUAUGACAAUGGCAAACGUCAAUGGGCGCGGUGAAGCGUCUAUGAGCCUCGAAAAAACCACACAACCUCGGCGUAAGGAGGAAGUCAUACAAGCUGAACCUUACCCUGUCCAUGAGGCCGGUGAUCACCCUUCUACAGUUCCUGAAAUCACAGAGAACCCCGCAUUAUCCACUGGUGACAACGAAGUUACGAUAGAAGAGAAGAUCUUUGUUUCGGUGGACCCAGAAACGCGGUUGGAGGUGUUGAAGUUCGUUGCAUCACACUAUUUCAUGACAGAUCAAGUUCAACCUGUUCGACGUUCGGCCAGGCGAGAAUUUAUUGGCCAAGUUCGCGGCGUCGCCGCGGAAGCUGGAAUGAACGACACAGCUAUCGAUGCUUUGGUUGAUCACGUUCGAAAGACCUACCUCGAGGACCGUGGAAUUGCCACAGCUGAUGAUGCCAGCUCUGCAUUCGGGGGUGAAGUAGACAGCGCAGAAGAAGCACACGCCAAGAGCUCGCACCGAAAACGGCGUAAGAGCAGCUCGGGUCAACCCGAGGACAAAGAGCACAAGAAAAGCAAGAGACGUCACUCGGAUAAGGCUAGACGGCACAGCCAUGAUGCUAUGCAACUUGACGAGCCAGAGAAGGUCUUGGAAGCUCAUUUCCCGGCAAGUAUUCCUACCGAAAGCCAGGAGAAUGGUUACGUUGAGCCAGAAGAACCGAAACACAAGGACCACACGCCGGAUCUACCCAAAAUGCCCACGAACAUUAUUCGGGGUAGCCCUACCACACCUAUCGACCUAACCGACUAUCCCCCUCAUGAUGAGUUUGUCCUUGGAGCUGAUUGGGUUCCAUUGCAAAACCAACGCCGAAAUUCCAUCGGGGGUUUCAAAGAUUUCGAGGAGAGCAACAAAAAGGUUCUUACACCUGACUUGUCACCUAACUUCCCGAAAGAGGUGAUUCCUGAGAGCCCUCGACCUGAAAACGUGGUCGAAGAAAAGCGCUCGAAACGUCGCGAGCCAGGCAAAACAUCACAGAAAGAAAAGAACAAGCGCAAGCGCGAACGAAGGAGGGAGCGGAAGAAACAUCGAAUAAACUUGGGUGGACAGAAACAAGGUGACUCCACUGAUGGAGCAGAGAAACAGCCUCAAGGCGCCUCCGUUGAUCGAGCAGAUCAGGACCAACUUCCGCCUUCUAUUCCGCAACAAACCCUCUCUGCAAGCCCCAAUGGAAGCAGACGAAGCUCCAGUGUGACUCCAAGUGAUGAGGUUCAGUCUAAAUAUUUCCUCGGGGCCGAUAACCCCAAAGUUGUGUCGAAAACCAAGCGGGAAACGGCUUCCUCGCUGUACGAUUUGUCUAUCCCCCCAAAAACCCGACAGCUGUUGAAAAAUUUGAAUCUACCCCCGGACUUUUUGUCAUCAGAUUCUUCCUUGAGUGAUACGCCGAGUGAUUUUGAUUCCAAUUGGGAUGAUCUGGAUGAUUCAUCGUCGCUUAUUCAGAUCAAAUUAUCACCUCCGAGAAGCCCCUAUCUUAUUCCUAAAUCUACAAACCCCCAGCCUCGAACUCCGGUGAAAUCCACCUCUUUCGUUAACCCAGAACCCAUUAAAACCCCUCAAGCCAAGCCCCUGAAGCAUUCUCCUUAUUUCCCACGUGUGCUAGUUGACCCUGAAUCAUGCCUCCCGUUCCCCCCUAUGGAUGCGCCUUCUUUCGGACUCAUCCAGGAACAGCUUGCCCAUGACCCCUUUCGUUUACUCAUUGCAACCAUUUUUCUCAAUCGAACUCGCGGGGGUGUUGCCCUGCCGGUCUUGUUCAAGGUAUUUGAACGAUACCCUACGAUCGAUGCAAUGGCAGAAGCAGACCUACCGGAACUUGUAUCAAUGAUAAACUGCUUGGGAUUUCAAAAUCAACGCGCGAGGAAAUGCAUCGCAUUGGCACAAACAUGGCUAUCAGACCCCCCGAACAAAAGCAAAAGAUAUCGCAAGCUCCACUACCCACGAAAAUUAGACGGUCGAAAUGUUGGUCGUGAAGAAUGUGUUGAUGAAGAAGAUUUGCGAGUCGCAUGGGAGAUUGCACAUCUACCCGGAGUUGGAGCAUAUUCCCUUGAUAGCUGGAGGAUCUUCUGUUGCGACGAGUUGCGUGGAAAAGCCUCUGACUGGAAAGGAACGAAUGCGACAGAGCUCGGCUUUGUGCCUGAAUGGAAGUGCGUUCUACCACACGACAAGGAGCUACGUGCUUAUCUUACAUGGAUGUGGCUGAAGGAAGGAUGGAUUUGGGAUUACAACACGGGUGAUCUUACACUUGCAAGUGAUAAGAUGAUGAGAGCUGCCCAGAGUGGAGGGGUUGCUCGUGAAGAAGAGGGGAAUUGGGUACUAGAGACCUCCCCUGUCAAGGCUGUGAAUGGAUUGCAUGGAUCCGAUUGA